AUGAGCAGCAUAGAUUCAAAGAAUAAACGAGUUAUAUGCUAUGUAGAUGAAAAUUUAAACAAUAAUAUAUAUAGUGAAAGUGAGAAGACGUUUUUAAAAAAUAAUGUUGACUGGAAUAAAAUUAAAUUGUUAAAUACUUCAAAUAUAAAACCUGUGGUUGUAGGAGUCGAAAAAAAACUUGUAUUAGAUACAAGUGAAAAUAAGUACGUUCGUCAAAUGAAUAAUGUUAAUGAUAAAAAUAAAAAAAAUAAUGUUAUUUUUAAUAUUGAUGGGAAAAAGAAAGAUAUACGAACACGUUUAUAUCAAGAUGGGGAUCCUAUAGAGAGACAUGUUAAAGAAAAAGAGGAUAUGUAUAAUGAUAAAGAGAAUAAUUUAGAGGAGUAUAAAAAUAAUAAGAGUGAUGAUAAAAUUGAUAAUGUAGAUCGUAAUGGUAUAUAUAAUAUUAAUAUUCAAACAAAUAAUAAAAUAUAUAGUAAUUUACAAAAUGAGAUGCAUGAUAAUAUAUGUAAUAAUGAACAUAAGGAUAACAUAAACAAUGUAAAUAAUAUAAAUAAUAUUAAUAAUAUAAAUAAUAUUAAUAAUAUUAAUAAUUUAAAAAAUAAUAUAUCUAGUGUUUUUCAAGAGAAAUUUUCUAAUAGAUAUACGAAUUUAUUAGAAGAUGAUGAUUUACUUAUGAAAAAACAAGAUGAUACAAAUAUUAAUUUAAAUUAUCAAAGGUGUUAUCAAAACUAUUAUAAUAAAAAUAAAAAAUAUAUUUAUAAUGAUACAGAUGAUGAUAAUGAUAAAAAAUGUGUAAAAAAAAAUCAUGUACACAAUAAGAAUAAAUGUAAAAAUAAUAAAUACUUUUUAACAAACGAUGAUUUGUCUUAUAAUGAAGAUAUAUUGUCAUCAAGCACAAAUACAUGUGAUACAUUAGAUAAAAUAAAAUUAGAUAAUAUAUAUGGAUCUUUUAUAGAUGAUGUUAAGAGCUCUUUUGUAUUAACAAAAAAUAUGAAAAAGAGUUUUACUCACUAUAUUCAUAAACAAAAAAAUAAAGAAAAAAAUAAAGAUAAUGAAAUACAUCAUGAUAAUAAUACGGAUCAAAAUGAAUAUUCUGAUUUUAACGAUUUUGAUGUUUCUUCAAAUAAUAAUAUGAAUGAACAAGAAAAGAAUAAUGAUAAUAUAAAUAAUCAACAUAUUAAUAAAGAAAAAAUGACUAUGUUACAUUAUAAAAAUAUUUAUGAUCAUGAAUGUAAAGAAAACCUAAACAAAUCAACUAAUUCAAUUAUUUACAUUGAAGAUAAUAAUUCUUUAAAAAGUGAAGUAAUAUUAAUUGAUGAUACACAUAGUAAAUGUACAAAUGGGAAUUAUAAAUCUCCAUUAUCACAUGAAAAAAAUGAAGAAGACUAUUCUGAAACGAAGGAUAGUUAUAAAAAUAUAUUUCAUAUAAUGAAAGAACAAAAUAAAUUAAGAAACCUAUCAUUAAAUAGGAAUAAUGAAAACGUUAAAAAAUUCGGUAUACAAAAUGUACAACAUUUAUUUAAUUCGAACAAUUUGUUAAAUAAAGAAAAAUAUAUAGAAAACCAAGAAGAUGAUGAAAAUGAAGAAGAAACACAUGAGGGAAAACACACUAACUCUAAUUCUGAAAAUUAUUAUGAAAAUAAAAUAGAAAGUGAUUUUUUUUCAAAUAGUCAUUAUCCUAAGUUGGGUGAAAAAAAUGAAGACAACUAUGAACAGGCAAGUGACGAAUAUCACGACAUACAAAAGGUAAAUGAUGAUAUAAACGUUCAAGUGGGUAGUAAUCAUAUAAACCUUAAGGAAAAGUAUAAAGGAGAAAUUGGAGAUGAUUAUGGAAUUAAUAGCGAAAAUGAAAGGGGAAGUUAUAGUGAUAGUAGAAGUGAUAGUUAUAGAAGUGAGAGUGACAGAAGGAGUGAUAGUAACAGAAGGAGUGAUAGUAACAGAAGGAGUGAUAGUAACAGAAGGAGUGAUAGUAACAGAAGGAGUGAGAGUGACAGAAGGAGUGAUAGUAACAGAAGGAGUGAGAGUGACAGAAGGAGUGAGAGUGACAGAAGGAGUGAGAGCGACAAAGGAAGUGAGAGCGACAAAAAAAGUGAAAGUGACAAAUCAUCAAAUAAUGAUGAUAAAAGAAGCAAUGAUGGAAAUACAUCUGAAAGUGAAAGAAGUGAAGUUAGCGAAAAGAGUUCUUAUGUUUCUUCAGAAAAACCUAAAAAAAGACCUUAUUUUUAUGAAAACGUUUCUAGUAAAAUUACUGGGUUUUUCUUUCAAGUAAAGAAAAAAAUUAAUAGGAAUAAUGAUGAAGAUGAUGAUUAUAGUGAGAGUAGAAGAAGCAGUGAAAGUAGACAGAGAAGUGUAAGUAGAAGAAGUGAUGUAAGCAAAAAGGAUGAUAUGAGUGUAAAAAGUGAUGUAAGCAGAAAAAGUGAUGUAAGAAGAAAAAGUGAUGUAAGCAGAAAAAGUGAUGUAAGCAGAAAAAGUGAUGUAAGCAGAAAAAGUGAUGUAAGCAGAAAAAGUGAUGUAAGCAGAAGAAGUGAUGUAAGCAGAAGAAGUGAUGUAAGCAAAAAGGAUGAUAUGAGUGUAAAAAGUGAUGUAAGCAAAAAGGAUGAUAUGAGUGUAAAAAGUGAUGUAAGCAUAAGGAAUGAUAUAAGUGCAAAAAGUGAUGUAAGCAUAAGGAAUGAGGUAAGUAGAAGAAGCAAUGUUACUAAUAAAUUGAGUGAUACGGAAAAUGAAAAAAAAAAAGAGGAAACAAAAUUAAUUGAAAUCGAUGUAACACAAGUGAAUGAUAUACAUAAAGAUAUUACAAAUAAAGAAGAAGAUAAUGAAAAAAUAAUUAGAGUUCGCAAGACAAGAAAAAAAAGAAUAGUAGGGGAUAAUAAUAAAAAGGUUGCUAUGAAAAAACAAAAAAUACCAAAAGAGGGAACUAAAAUAAUAAAAAAAGGAGGUAUUAAAAAAAAAGGUAAGAAUGAAAAUGAUGGAGAAGAAGAAGAAAGAAAAUGUAAUAUUUGUAAUAUGACAUUUAUAAACAAUCAAUUAAUGAUGAGACAUGUAAAGAGUGUACAUUCUAAUGAAAGACCUUUUGAAUGUAAAAUAUGUCAUAAGUCUUAUAAAAGAGGUGAUCAUUUAAAAAUCCAUUUAAUAGGACAUAAAAUAAGUGAAGAAAAAAAUAAAUAUCAAUGUCCUAUAUGUAAAACAUCAUGUAAAUCAUCAAGAGAAUUAAUUAUUUGUCAGAAAAGUCAUUCUGAAGGAUAUAAGAAACCAGGUUAUACUAGUACUUUUUCAAAGUUAAAUCAAAAAAGUGAUUCGAAUGUACUCUCUUUGAUUAAUGGAAAUUACCAAAAGGGAAAUAAUCAACAUAGAGAAGAUUCAAAUAUCAAUGGUAAAAUGAAUUCUCGUAGCAAAAAUGUAAAACAAAAGCAAAUAGAAAAUGAUAACAGCAAUAAUAAUAAUAAUAAUAAUAAUAAUAAUUCAAAAAUGAAGAAAAACGACAAAAGAGAUAAACUACAUAACGGUGUGAUGGAAAAUAACAGAAUGAAUGAUGAUAAUAAUAUGCUACAACUUAUGGAUGAAAAAAACAUUACAGAAGGAAAAGAAGGUGAAUCCAAAAAAAUUUCUAGAAAAGGUAGUGUUUCAAUAGAAACAAGGACAUGUAAUAUAUGUAAGAUGGUUUUUGCAAAUAAGAAAUUAAUGAAAAGACAUUUAAUGUGUGUACAUUCAGAUGAUAGACCAUAUAAAUGUGAUAUAUGCUUUAAAUCAUAUAAAAGAUCUGAUCAUUUAAAAAAUCAUUUAAGUUCACAUAAUAAAACUAACGAGGAAAAGAAACAUAUUUGUUUAAUUUGUGAACAAAGUUUUGCAACAGCAAAAGAAUUAAAACAUCAUAAAAUCAAACAUUAUAAAUGUCCUUAUGAAAAUUGUUCUUAUACUUAUUCUACAAUUUCAAAAAUGAAAUACCAUUUAAAUAAACAUAAAUGUAAUUUAAUAUAUACAUGUCCUGGUUGCUCUCAAACUUUUGUUAUAUAUAAAGAUUAUAUUGAACAUAAAAAAAUGUGUUUUAAAAAAAAAUAUGUAUGCUUGGAAUGUAAUAAAAUAUAUUUACACUUGAACGGUUAUAAUAAACAUAUUAAUAAAAUACACUUAAAAAUUAAUACAGUUUUUAAAUGUAAAAUAAAGGAUUGUAAUAAACAAUUCUCUUCUGAUUUCAGUUUAAAAGAACAUGUUAUGAAUUUUCAUAAGGGAAUUAAGAGAUUUUUCUGUAGCAAAUGUAAUAUAUCAUUUGGAUAUAGAAGUUCGUUUAGAAGGCACAACGUUAAUAUGCAUUCAUAA